AUGGUUGGUCAGAGAGCUGCUGAGACAGAAGGGCCCGAAGAUACUCGGUCACUCUGGGACUACGAGGCUGGAAUCCUGAGACGACAACACCACAGCGCUGAGUCAACUCGCAGACUCUGCAGCCCCAAGCACUCAGACUUCAUGAACUGCCUGAAACACACGGCAAAGCAGGAAACUGCAAGACGCAGAAAGCAGGUGGCGUUCACUCUGCCGGCCACCAUGAAGGAGUUGUGUCACGGCAUCCCCAUCGUCAACAUCCACUCCACCCGUGAUGGCACCAUCGUAUCAGUGCGAGAGGACGGGGUGGUUUGCUGCUGGAGCCCUGAACCCAAACCACUCAAGACCAAACACAUCUUUAGUGAAGGACCUGCAAACAGGAAGUCAAAGUGGGCGAGUGAUUUUACUCUGAUGACAGAGUUCAACAAGCUGAUGAUCGGAACAGGGGACAGAGAGAUCCAACUCUAUGAGCUUUCCACUCUGGAGCCUUAUUGCCAGAUCAAUGCACUAGACACAGUGCCUUUGACAUUAGACUAUGGCUACACUGGCCCUGAUACAUGUUGUAUCCUGUAUGGAGACACAGACGGAUGUGUGACUAUCAUUUUAAUAUCCUCUGUUGGAGAUACCCUCAGAUUAUGGAAUAAAUUACCAAAGAUUGAAAAUAUGCCCAACAUAGCGAUCGACAAUGCAGUGCUAUCUCCCAAUGUGACAUUUGUCAGAUGGAAGGUUCAUCACGACUGGGUGACACAGGCAACAUAUUUUCAAAGUUUUCAAGCUGUUGUCUCCUCAUCGAAUGAAGAAUCUUCUUCCCUCGUUAUAGACGCUGAGCAGCAUUUGAGUGAGAUCAGAGAGGCCUGCUAUGAAGGUAAAACCAAGAAGGUCCAACUGAGCUGGAUUCCACAGCUCCGGGCAUCAUGUGACCAGACAGUGUUCACCAUCUACAAAGGUGUCAAGACCUUUGACCUGUGUCAGAAGCACAGCUUGCUGGUCACUGGAGGCAUGGACAGACUCGUACGCAUGUGGAACCCACAUUUUUCUGGGAAACCAACCGGUAUUUUGAAAGGCCACUCUGCUCCCAUCGUCCACCUCUACAUCUUGUCAGAGGACAGUCAGAUCUUCUCAGUCUCCAGAGACAACACAGUGAAAAUCUGGGAUAUUCAAGAUCAAUAUUGCCUGUUUACAGCAGACCCCAAAGCCAGUGGGAUUCAAGGCGACAUGUCUGCAUGCUCGUACUCCUCUGCUACGAAAUGCUUUUACAUUGCGGCGGACUGUAUGGCUGUGCUCUCUCUGAAGAUAAGGCCACGUCUUCACAGCCGUCGGACUGUUUCUCAUGAUGAGACCGUAAUGUGCUGCGGCUACAGCGAGGAGUUCCGUCAAGUUGUCAGCUGCACUGAGCGAUCUGUGGUGAAAGUCUGGGAUUUUGACACUGGGCGUCAGGUCUUUGAGUUUGGUGGCACCAAUGAUCUGUCUGCCACUACAUGCUUGGACUUUGACCCCAAAGGGAGGAGACUCAUCACAGGGGGAAGAGAUGGUUGUUUAAAGAUCUGGAACUUCAACAAUGGGCAGUGCCUAAAGACACUAAAGAAGGAGGGUGAAUGUCAGGAGGUGUGCGACUGCAUCUUUCUGCAAGUCCACAGGAAUUUCUAUGUGAUGUCUGUCGGCCGGGACCGGAAGAUAGACAUUUACCCAGAUAUACCCGAGGACCUUCAUCAUGUCCAGAGGCCACAGCCUUCGUGGCAAGAUGAUCUGAAAAAUGGCCAUAAGGAGGACAUCCUGUGUGUGGCACAGUGUCCCCCAUCUCUCGUAGCCACCAGCAGCUAUGAUGGAGAGAUUAUAGUGUGGAACGUGGUUUCUGGACGUAUACAGUGUCGGUUUGUCAGCCCCUUUCUAGCGGAAAACCAGAAUGUUGAAGGGCUGGAUACAAGUGUUCCAAGCAUCAUUUUCCUGAAGAACUCCAAGUUACAGCACCUUUUCUCGGCUACAGCACUGCUGUCUUCUGGAGCCAUGGGUUGUGUAAAUCUCUGGAACGUACUCAGUGGAGGAACAUUUGUGGGCAGCUUCAAAGCUUCUAGAUUACAACAAAAGAUUACAAAACUGGCUAAAACGGACAAGGCACGUUGCUGUACGCUGCUGACCCGAAUUGGUUACAUCUACGUUUACAACAUAGAGAAGUUUGCCCCUGAGCAAAAGUCACCUAGAGGUCAGCUGCAUUUUUAUCGUGCCCACACCAGCAGAAUUACUGGUCUGCAGGUUGUUGACAAUGAUCAAGUGGUGCUUACCUCAUCCAUUGACUACACAGUGCGCCUUUGGAGUGCACAUGGAGAAUUCAUAGGGACCUUUGGGCAGUCUGAGAGCUGGGGCGUCAACAUCUCUUCUUCUUGGAAACAUCCUGCGGUCCCCUAUGAGGUCCUGAUUGACCCUCUGAGUAUGCCUGAUCAUGAAAUUCUGAAUGCAAACACACGUCUUUCUGAUGCCAUCCAUCCUGACAAGACUGGGGCUCAUAGAGGCGAAACACAGUCAGAGACACACAGUAAGAUGAGACUUCCCUCAACAUCCAUCAGUGACGCAGACAUUGAGGGAGAUAAAAAGCACAUUUUACCCAGAGGAACAUAAGACUGGGCUGUGUCAUGAAACUGUCCGGCAUUCUAACAAGCUAUCGAACCACUGCUCUCUGAAAGGCUUCGGUGCUGCGGAGCCACCAAC